UAAAAAGGUCUCUUGGCAGUCAUUUCAAGAUACGCGAUGCCGAUUAAGUUGCCGGCGACAAACGACGCCCCUCUUGUGGGGCAAUGGGCUACUGUGUCUGGCUUCGGGGCCUGGUGCGACCGACAGGUCGACCCCCUCUGCAGUCAGAAAGAUACUUUCGGAGGGACCGAUCGGGUCAGAUCAGUAUAUGUCACUAUCCAGACAUGUAUGGUGUCUGUGCAUAAAAGUGCGCCGGAGAUCUCCAAGUGCUACCCCAAUGGCUACGUGUGUGCGGGAGGGGAACAGGUAGACGCAGGCGUCCAUGCAAAGAACCUCACCAAUCAACUCCUUCCAUACGAUGCAUGUUCGGGGGACUCAGGAGGUCCUCUAGAAUGCUUCAACGAAAUAGGCGAGCGAUAUCUCUGUGGGAUUGUUGCUUUCGGCAGCGGACCCCCCAACUGCGGUUCCAACCAGGGUGCUUACACACGAGUCGCCCACCCAACCCUACUCGCUUUCCUGUCCCAGGCACCAGACAUCAGAGACACAGUGAAGACCGACUGGAUCACAGACCCACAGAAUUUCCAGGCACCCAAUCGAUCAGACGAGACAAAGCAGAACAUCGCAUGCAAUCACGAAUUGAUUCACUACCAUGAAAGAAUGAUUUUAAUGGCGUUGUAUAAUUUGAUAAACGGCUAUUUAUAUUUCAAUAUUUGAUGAAA